GUUUACUAUAACACCCCUAGGAUUCAGGGAACUGCAGCAAGUGGUUUUAAGUUGUCAUCUGAGGAUUCUUUAUCUUUGUAAUUCAGUAAUCUAUCCCAGUCCACCUUUGACAUCCCACACUUCCCAGUCUACCCCCAUGGUUCUUCUGCCACACAGUGAUUUAUUAUUAUAUAUUUUUAUGGCACUUUAACUGGUAGCAUUUCAAGACAACUUUGAAAACACUGCAAGGAUUUUAGGUGAGGUAGUAAAUGGUCGUUGCUGUCAUAGUCGUUUUAGUCUUUCGGUUUCCUCCAGGUAUAGACUGUCUUUCCUGAGCUGCUCAGGGGAUCAAAAAUCCCCUUUUUAAAUUUUAAUUAACAUUUAAAAAGCAUUAACAACUACAGAAUGUGUUUUCUUGCCGAUCUGUCACAAUUAAAAUAUCACAUUACAGCCCAUAACAGGGCAAACUCACACACCAUUCCUAUCUUUUCAAGCUAAUGUAAAUUAAUCUAUUGGUUAAUUAGCGUCAAUUAUAUCACCAGUCCUCCACCAUACACAGCAUUAAUUAUGUUAGACGAUGCGAUAUAUAUUGAACCAGGAUUAGGCUACUUUUAGAGAAUGUCUGUUGUCUAAGGGCUGCAUAUGUGUCAAUAAAUUAUUCACGCAAACUUCAUGGAUUGAUCUGGCUUCCAUGUUCCAAGUUACACGGCUGGAGUUAGCUUCAGCGCCAAGUCGGAGGUCAAUCUUCAAAUGAGCCGGUGCCUUAAAACAAGCUACUUGAGCACUUUAGUAAACCCCAAAGUGAAGCAAGCCUCGUAAGCAAAACAAACUUCUUGAGGACUAUCGCCCAGUGCGCUGAUCUCGUGCGAUGGAUCCUUGGAGGAAGCACGUACGCACAAAGCUCUUCCAGCGGGACCUCUUACAAAAGGAUCCAUUCACCGGCCUCUUUAAUACGUAUUCACAGCUGCUGGAGAAAUGUGAACUACGUGAGAAGGUGUGGGAGGAAAACCAGAUAUCCAUCUCUGAGAACAGCAGCAGUGACGGUCAGACACUAGAAGUGCCAUUUCAUGUAUAUCUGGUGCUCAAAGAGAACGAGAAAGCCAGAGAGAAGCUCGUACAGACUGUCGCAGACCUCAACGCCUCCAUGUAUCUUAAAGAGGCAGAGCUACAAUACUGCCACUCGCAGGUGUCCCGCUAUCGGCAGGAGGCUGUCUCUCAGGCCUGUGGUACCACAGCCCUGCGGGACACCCUGUCAGAGUGCGAGUUUGCCCUGGAGCAGCAGUCUAAGGAACUGGUGGCUUUGCGCUCAGGACAAACGGCACUGUUGCAGGAGAUGGAUGAAAUCCGGCGUGAGAAGGAGGAGCUACAGGAGCGAUGGUUGCAGGAGAAAAUCCAGGAGGCACACAGAGUGAACCUGAACAAUGAAGCCCAGGAGAGAUGGCAUCGCUUCACCCGUCAGCUGACAAGGCGCCUUCACAAGCAAAACCAGCCUCAGCGUGAGAUUAUGGAAGGACAGCCUGACUCUUUGAAGGAAUCUUCCGAACCACCCAGGGCCAACGACAACUGAGUCUCUGAGCUGUAUCAGGUGAAAAACUGACAGAUGGAUAGCAAGUCUGCCCAAAGGUACUGAUCUCUGAUGAAGAAGCAGCAUUUUAUCAUGACCAUGUCUUGAAUCAGAAGUAAUCAAAAGAAAAGAGUCAAUUUUCCAGAAUGAAACAGCCAUUCAGAAAUACAAAUGUCAAACUGUAAGUGUAUGGCAAUUCUUAUCCCAUCGAAGGUCAACUUUUGUGCUUGAAUUGCUCAAAUAACUGAAAUGAAAUGAAAGUACCAUUAAAUCUGGUCAACGGUAA